AUGACUUUAAUGGAGAACAUUUCAGAAGCAACUGAAUUUAUUCUCGUGGGGUUAACAGAUGCCCCAGAGCUGCAGAUCCCUUUAUUUAUCAUUUUCACUCUCAUUUAUUUGAUCACAUUAGUUGGGAACCUUGGGAUGAUUGUGUUGAUUCUGCUGGAUUCCAGACUCCAUACUCCCAUGUAUUUUUUCCUCAGUAACCUGUCCCUGGUGGACUGUGUUUAUGCCUCAGCAGUCACUCCCAAGGUAAUGGAAGGGUUUCUCACAGGACAUAAGAUCAUAUCCUACAAUGCAUGUGCUGCCCAAAUGUUCUUCUUUGCUGCUUUUGCUACCAUUGAAAGUUUCAUCCUGGCCUCAAUGGCCUUUGACCGUCAUGCAGCAGUAUGCAAACCACUGCAUUACUCUACCACCAUGACAGGUCCCAUGUGUGUUCUAAUGGUAACUGUCUCCUAUAUGUGUGGACUUCUUCAAUCCUCCAUCCAUGUUGCCUUCACCUUCCACCUCUCCUUCUGUCAUUCUAAUGUGAUCAAUCACUUUUUCUGUGACAUACCUCCACUGCUGGCUCUUUCUUGUUCUGAUAUCCAUAUAAAUGACAUUAUAAUUUUUGUAUUGGCUUCAUUUGAUGUUGUUUUCACUCUGUUCAUUAUCUUGAACUCUUACCUGCUUAUUUUCAUCGCUAUUCUGAGGAUGCACUCAGCUGAGGGCCGGAAGAAGGCUUUCUCCACAUGUGCAUCACACCUCACCACUGUGUCCAUCUUUUUUGGAACAAUCAUCUUCAUGUACUUACAGCCCAGCUCCAGUCACUCCAUGGACACUGACAAAAUUGCCUCUGUGUUUUACACCAUGGUUAUCCCCAUGCUGAACCCUCUUGUCUACAGCCUGAGGAACAAAGAGGUCAAGAGUGCAUUCAAGAAGGUUGUGGGAAAUUCAAAGUCAAGUCAUAAUUUGGCUAAGUCAAUUAAUUACAAAUUGAUUUCAAAUUAUGGAGACUUCUAUUAG